AUGGCGGCAGUGCUACGCUCAACAUGUGUUCAGGACAUUGUAGCAGGAAAGAAAUGCCUCGUUUCCGUAGACGCUAACGCAUCACUCUAUAACGCGUUGGAACUCCUCCGCCGCCAUGACAUCACCGCCAUGCCCGUCCGUUCCUCGCCGUCAUUGGCGCAAGCCGCGCAGAGACGCCUGCUCGCGCAGAUGUCGGCGAUUUCGGCCUCGACGCGACGCACGCAGAACUACCCGCGGUCAAUCAUUGCUCCUUCGAAAGUCUGUUUCACUGGAAUGAUUUCAGUCAUUGACAUCACCAUCUUCAUCGCCAGACGCUGCAGCAGCACCAGCAGUAAUGCCACCUCUGCCAGCACCGCCGCCACUGCCAGCGCCAGUUGUGGUAGGAGUAUUGCCCUCGAGUCGAUUCAGGAACAGCAGAGCGGGGAAGAAACGGAAGGGGAAGGAGAGGGUGAGGGGGAAGGAGCGGGAGAAGGGGAAGGAGCGGGUGAAGGGAGAAAAGGGAGUGAGGGGAGAGGAGGGGGUGAAGGGGGAAAAACCGAACAGGGAGGUGGAGGAAGGGGCAACGGAGGAGGAAUGAGCGAGAAAAGGGGAGGGAUUAGCGGGGUUGGGCAGCUGGAGUGGCUGAAAGAGGCUCGAGUGGCUGACGUGAUGGGGAAGACGGAGGAGACCCGCACCAUGCUGGUGCUGGACCCCCAUGCCACGGUACUCCAAGCAAUGGAGCUGCUGGGAUCUCGCGGCUUCCAUCGAGCCCUCGUUCCCAACAUGUGUCCGUGCGAACACGACCAAACCACCGCCAUGCCCAUGCCUGCACUGCUGCAGUCGCGCCUGGGAGGAGGAGAGGGGGGAACAGCAGGGGAGGAGUACCGAGUGCUGUCUCAGAUGGACAUUGCUGCCUUCAUGCUCAAACACGAGGGGCUGCUGGGCUUGGCACUGGCUAAGAGGUACGCUCAAACCAGCACCAUGGCUGUGCUGUGCUGUGCUGGCAAAAAAGGGGGAACAGCAGGGGAGGAGUACCGAGUGCUUUCUCGGAUGGGCAUUGCCUCGUUUAUGCUCACACACGAGGGCCUGCUGGGCUUGGCACUGGCUAAAAGAGGUAUGAUCAGACUGCCUGCCGUAGCUGUGCCGCCAGGGAAGAGGGGACAGGGACGGCAGGGUAGUUUUGAGACGUUUCAAAACACGCUGUGCCGCCAGGGGAGUUUUGAGACGUUUCAAAACACGCUGUGCCGCCAGGGGAGUUUUGAGACGUUUCAAAACACGCUGUGCCGCCAGGGGAGUUUUGAGACGUUUCAAAACACGCUGUGCCGCCAGGGGAGUUUUGAGACGUUUCAAAACACGCUGUGCCGCCAGGGGAGUUUUGAGACGUUUCAAAACACGCUGUGCCGCCAGGGGAGUUUUGAGACGUUUCAAAACACGCUGUGCCGCCAGGGGAGUUUUGAGACGUUUCAAAACACGCUGUGCCGCCAGGGGAGUUUUGAGACGUUUCAAAACACGCUGUGCCGCCAGGGGAGUUUUGAGACGUUUCAAAACACGCUGUGCCGCCAGGGGAGUUUUGAGACGUUUCAAAACACGCUGUGCCGCCAGGGGAGUUUUGAGACGUUUCAAAACACGCUGUGCCGCCAGGGGAGUUUUGAGACGUUUCAAAACACGCUGUGCCGCCAGGGGAGUUUUGAGACGUUUCAAAACACGCUGUGCCGCCAGGGGAGUUUUGAGACGUUUCAAAACACGCUGUGCCGCCAGGGGAGUUUUGAGACAAAUCGUCAGGGUUUAGGGGAGGAGUGCCAUGUGCUAUCACAGAUGGACAUCGGGGCUGCUGGGAGUGGUGGGAAGGGGGGUGCGGCAGGGGAGGAGUACCGAGUGCUGUCUCAGAUGGACAUUGCUGCAUUUAUGCUCAAGCAUGAGGGGCUUUUAGGCCGAGCACUUGCUAAAAGGUAUGAGCAAAGCAAACCUCCACCUUUGCUGUGCUGCCAGGAAGGGGGCAUGGCUGGGGAGGAGUACCGAGUGCUGUCUCAGAUGGACAUUGCUGCAUUUAUGCUCAAGCAUGAGGGACUGCUGGGCUUGGCACUGGCUAAGAGCAUCGAUGACAUUGGGCUGGUCUGGCCGUCUGUGGUCUCCGUGACUCCUUCCACUCCUCUUUUAGACGCCUUCAACAUGUUCCGAAUCAGAGGGAUAAGCGCAGUAGCAGUGGUGCAGCCUAAGCCAGCUCCGCCAGCAGUCGUGGUGGAAGAGGGGGGUGGGGACUCAAAUGACGAGGAGGGGGGGACUGAGAAGACGAAGGAAGCUUCUGUUGUGCUUCCCCAGUGGCCCAUGGGGGGAUGUGGCAGUGUGCUGACAGGCACUCUGUCAGCAUCGGACGUCAAGCAGGUGGAUGUUGGUACUCUGCUCUCCCUCACGCCCACCACCACUGUAGCUGAUUUCCUCUCCGCCAAACAAAAGGCAGCCGGAAAUGCAGCACCGGAGAAGCAAGCACCUGCUGUAGCAGUGACGCCAGCAGCUGUAGCAGUGACGCCAGCAGCUGUAGCAGUGACGCCGGAAGCUGUAGCAGUGACGCCAGCAGCUGUAGCAGUGACGCCGGAAGCUGUAGCAGAAGUGGUGACAUGCGCCAGCGCCUCUUCUCUGCGUCAUGUGCUUUCCCUGCUAGUCAACCACCGAUGCCUCUUCUCUGCGCCAUGUGCUCUCCCUGCUAGUCUCCCACCAUGUGCAUCGAGUCUGGGUGGCGUUGUGACUAUAACAGACGUGCUCCGAACCAUGCGAGUGCUCCCGAUCCUGCACCCAUGGUCCGAGGACAGCGACCCCGUGCUUAUAAAGAGGGGAGGCGGAAAAGGAGAAUCCGGCAACAGCAGCAGUGGCACUACACGUGGCCGUGCUGGUGACAGCAGCAACAGCCGUGGUAACCGUAACAGCAGCAGUGGCGACGUGGGGUUACCAGGUGCUGACAGCAGGUUUGGGCGCAGUGCGAGCUGUAAGGUGACUGGUGCUAGGCGCUGGAAUCCAAACAUCUCCCUCUCUAUUGAUGUGAACACGUGGCUUGGGACCAGCUCUGGUGGACGGGCAAGAGGAGGAACAGCAGCAGCAGCAGGAGGAGGAAGUGGUGGUAGUGAUGGUGGUGCUGGCGGCGGCGGCGGCGGCGGUGGUGGUAGUGUUGGUGGUGGGGGGGAAGGGGAGGUUGUGGGCGCAGAAGGUGAAGGAGGGGAGGAGGAGGAGGGUGACGAUUGGUCGGUGACAUCGAUGACAAGUGAUGAUGAUGCUGAUGUGGCAGGACCUGCUACCGUAACGGGGACUUCAGGGUCGAGUUUUGACUCGUAUUAUUGGCUGGACUGGUGGGCUGAGAAGCCGGCCUUAGCAUGA